GUACGCGUCAGGUGGGUUUUGUGACGUCAUACAGGAAGUGGACAGUGCAAACUGGGAAGCUGUUGUAAAAAGUCGUUCGUAAACUCAGGACAUCCUUACGAUAUCUAUAUCAUAUUCAAAAGAAGCCACCUUCUCCAGAAGAAGAAAUGUGUACUUUUGAUAAGGAAAAGGGGCCAAGGAGAUUGAUGCGAAAAGGUUUAGCACUCAUCUUGGUGGGUCAUAUUAACUUCAUCCUUGGUGCGAUAGUCCACGGCAGUGUCCUGCGACACAUUUCUAAACCAAGCCAAGAAAUCACCACAGAAUACACAGCAGUUAACAUAAUUUCUGUCACCUCAGGUCUACUGAGCAUUGCAACUGGGAUCAUCGCCAUUGUGGUGUCGAGGAACCUUCGUCUGUUUAAAUUGCACGUUGGACUUCUGCUAGCCUCGUUCCUGAAUGCCCUGCUGUCAGCAGCGUGCUGCGUCGGCCUCCUCAUGGCCAUCGGUGUGACAGUCUCUCACAAUGGUCAGGGCCUGAUGCGAGGGUGUAACGACACAGUGGUGCCUGCCAACGCUCGCUCUCCCGUCAGCGCACAAUGUCCGUUCGACACCACACGCAUUUAUGACACCACUCUGGCGAUAUGGUUCCCCAGUGCUGUGUUGGCAGGAGCAGAGUGUGGCCUGUCUGUGUGGUGUUUCAUCGUAGGACUGACUCUCAGGGGCCUGCUGGCCUGUGGAAAGACCUACUACAAAGAACAGUUGGAGGAAGGGGUGGAGAGCUCGCCGCACAGCGCACGCUUGAUUGGCCAGAAUGUCAACCCUGAUGCAUGAGAGAAGAAAAGGGCUGGAAGUACGACACUCCAUUCUUUCAUGUCCUUAAAUCUUGAAGUACUUACAGAGUUUUUAGUUGAGCGGCCUGAUUCAUUUCGUUCAACCUGACUAAGAGUAAAUGCAUUCAAAGUCUUUGAUCCACAGUGUUGAUGGAGUCACAGUCAGACCACUUUUGAGUGUGCAGCACGUUUGCUUUGAUUUGUCAGUAUCAUUUUUGUGCUAAAAGGCCUGUUCAGUAUGAAGGAAAGUAUCCAGCCCUCCAUCCAUCCAUUUUCCGAGCUGCUUAUCCUAUUGUACCUUUUUAUUCAUGUUUAAAUAUUUUUUUAUUAGCCUUGUUAGAAUUUAGACAUUUAGCUAUGUAUGUUUAGACCAUUUGUUUGGUGUAUUUUUGGUGGACAUUUUGAAACACUCCUUAAAUAUAAUGCCAUUGAGGAUUGUAUACCUCAUUUAUGACAAUAUUUUCUUCCCAAUAAUAUGUUCUAUGAACCUCCACUAGUUUAAACAUGGCAUUCUGAUUAAUAUUGCAUUUGUGGAAUAUGAAUUAAGCAGGAAAAUCAACCCGUUUUUAGCCAUCUUAGGAUUUUGCAUUGGUGGAAAAUUACCUCACAGGUAACAGCCAAUUAUGGCUCAGCGUCUGGAAACGGGUGAGCUGUGAUUGGUCGUUACCUGAACCCUGAACAACCGAGAUGUCAUUUCAAUUGACAGCAAGUGGCAAAAUGGCUGGCCCGCUGAGAUGGACAAAAACGGGCGAAUGUUACUGCUUAACCCGUAUCCUCAACCCCAAUAUUAAUCAGAAUGCUAUAUUUAGACUAGUUGGGUUCCAUGGAACAUAUUAUUGCAAAGACAAUUUUAGAGUUGACGUCCCCUUGAAAAUAGCUUGGACUCAUUAAGAUGCAGUGAUUGGAAAUACAUACGUCAUUUGGAAGUUUGGUUCAAGAGAAACUCAUGUUAUUGUUCAAUAUGUAACCUCAGGGGUGUUGACCACAAAAUUGUUAGGUCUGUUUAAAAGCAAAGCGGAAAAAAAUACACUGAAAGACAGAGCGAAGGUUGCUGUUUAUAUAUAUUGGAGCUCUGACAUUUGAAUGGGCAAAUACAAGUAAACCGAUUUAUCUUUA